AUGGAAGAUCAAUAGACAACUUCAGCUUUCUCUUAGAAAUUUAAGCUAAAAGUAGUAGUUGAGAUUUCAUUUGUCAAUGUGAAUCACAAAUAGCUGCAAAUCUAGCAAAACAUGAGCUCAGGCUUAGCUAAUAGUUACCAAGGAAGUGUAGUUUACACUGGCAGAGUAGAAAAAGAAUUCUUUACUGGAAGCAUGAUUCAAAACCCAAGACAGUGUAACGCGAUAUCAUGGAACCCUUAUGAGCAAAAUAUAUUCGCAGCAGGCUAUGAAUAAGCUAAAAAUGAGUCAAGUCUGAUGAUAUGGGAUAUAAAUAAAUCACCCAACUCUAAUUACAAUAAGAUGAGAGACAAUGAAAGGAUCAUGCUUCAGAAUCAGUAGUCUGACUCCGCAGUGGCUAAGAUAGAAUAUAAGCCUAAGCCCGAUAUUUUAUUUGAGACACGUCACUCAUUCCAAAAGAUCAAUGAUGAUGUAUACUGCCUUAGCUGGUUUCCCAAUAGCAGCACUGAACUACUCUAUGGUACAGAUAAAUAUAUUAGAGUAUGUGAUACAAGAGAACACCAAAAUUUAAGCCAAUUUGAAGAUGUCCAUAGCAAUUAAGUACAGGGUAUUUCAUUCGAUCCUUUUGAUCCAAGAAGGUUUGCUUCCUUCUCUGAGGACACAAUCAAGAUUUUUGACUUAAGAAGCACUAAGAAACCUCAAUUUAUCAUUAAGCCAGAAGCUAGAAAGCAAUUUUCUGGUUUUGAGUGGAGCUUAAGAAGACCCAACUUGAUUCUCUCAUUUACUAAAAGAUGUAAUGAAGUCGAUUUCUGGCAAUUGUAAAGCAAUGAAGGCUAAGAUCCAACCAGAUUGUAGACUAAUACCCAAUCUAUUGUGGAUAAUUAGCUUAAUCCACUUCCUUAAUAUGUCUCUGAACCAGUACAGAAAGUUAGGGCAUCUGAUGAUAUAAUCGGAGUUGUAUGGAAUCCAAAAUAGCUCAUGGAAAGAGACAAGUUCUACAUCUACACUAAGAAUGGUUACAUUGAAGAGGAGACAUUUAAUGAGAACAAUAAAUUUAUCUUUGACUUUUCAGUCAGAGGGCAUGUUUGCAUGAGUAGCAAGUAGAAAAAAGCUAUUCACAGUAUCCCAUUUUUCGAUCCAGUAUUUAACUAUGAUCAUCUGAAGAAUAAUUAUGUCAUGGAUCAAGAUAGAGAAAUUGAAUACAAUCAAAAUGUGCAUAAAUACUCUGAAGAGGGCUCAGCAUACAUAGACAUAUAGAAUCAAAUCAUCAAUAGGAUCAAAGGAGGAUACUUUAUAGAUAAUAUAGCUAGAAAUUUUAUACUAUCCUAGAGAUUUAGAGGCUAUUAGGAUUAUUAUUCUAACCAAGGUACAAACAUUAACACCUAAUCUAAAGGAAUCAGGUCAUUCUGGACAAUGAUGUAUAAAAUUUAUGAUAAUGACAGCUAUGCUGGAUUUUUAGAUGGAAUAUUAAACUAGCUAGAUAUUGGAAUGACUGAAGGAUGUACUGAUAUGAAAGAACUAAAGCUAUACAUGAGAAACUAGCAACCUGAUUUUGAUAGGACUGAUGAUCUCCUUGGAUUUAAGAUGUAUAAUAAUGAACAAAGAACCAACAUUAUUAAAUUCUGUGGUUGGACUGAUUACCUUAAACCAGCUCCAUAACAGUAAUAGGAUUCAAGAGCCAACCUAGGUGGAAGAUCAUAAAGAGUGAAUCAGCCAAUCAACUAGGCAAUUUAAGAGAUCAGACUGCUGAAUUAGUAGACUUAACAAGAACUUAAUAGAGUGUGUGGAGCUAUUGAGGAAGAUGAAAAGCAUAUUUAAGGUGGCAAUUCCAGAGCCUGUAUAGUAGCCGCAAUGCAUUUUGAUUUCUUUAGAGCUAUGGGAUAUUCUACGCAUCUUGAUCCAUAAAUCAAAUAUAAGGAAGAUGCAACUAAUACCUAAGUACUUAACUAUAUGCUAACUAACCUUAAAAACAUCAUUAAUGGUCUAGGCUAAUCAUUUUCUGAAAAUUAGGCAUAAGAAAAGCUAAAGUAGCUUCUAGGUUUCUCAAAGGGUCUGCAUAAUCAAAUGAAAAAUCCAUACUUUAGAGCAUUUUUCGGCUUCAUGGAAUGCUACAUGACUAAUUUCGCACCAGACAUAAGUUUGAAAUUCUUCCAUCAAUUUGGAAAAAUGCUUAAUUUCUUUGAUCUUAUUGCUUUACUUACAAGAUUUUUCAAUUCUUCAUUGCUCGUUUAAAAACUAAGAGACAUUGUAGCCUUUGGCAUUGACGAAGGAAAUCUAGAAGUGAUAGCUUUGAUAGGACUUAGAUCUCCAUAUCUGUUCCAUCUAUUGCAAAACUAUGUCGAUAAGUAUGGAGACAUCUAGACUGCUGCCUAUAUCUCAGCCUACUCCUACACCUUGUAAAAUAUGACCCAGAAGAAGCCAGAUCCCAGAAUAAAUAUCUUCAUUUAAGAGUAUAGAAAUAUGCUGAAUCAUUUGUAACUCUGGUAUCACAGAGCAAACUUUGAUGUCUCGGUGGGUUAGCUGGAUCAGUCUAACAUAUUCAAGCGUUACGAUUUGAACUUCAAGAAAAAUGGAGACUCCCUUAGAAAUACUGCUCUUGAUAUGCAGAAUUAAGCACUGUAACAGCCCAAGUAAGUUAAUACUGAGGAUUUAGGAGAGAUACCUCCUGAAAGGAAAUUGAUAGAAGCCUAGUUAGUUCAUAAAUUAGGGAUAGUAAAUGACCCAUUCGAUAAGAGACCCUAUGAAAACUCAGCCAAGUGCUACUACUGUCAAAAGCCUUUUUCCAUCAAGCACUCGAUUAAAAACUACUUGCAGGUAAACAAAGAGAAGAAACAAAUUCUUAACACUUCCAGUCUCUUAAGUUCAAUCAAUAAUAACAAUAAGCUUUAAUAAAGUCAUGCUGAGAUGGAGAAAGCAAUAAGAGUAAAAUGCGAUUGUGGUAAAUCAAUACCAUCCUGUGCUAUCUGCCUUAAUCCAAUUGGAAUACUAAAUCCUUAUCAAGAAUUGAAGAACAAAGCCUCAGUCUCCAACGUUGGCUUUGGCGGUCUCGGAGUAAACUCUAAUGAAAACCAAUCAAAUAUUCAAUUAAAACGAGAACUAGAAAUGUGGUUUCUCUGGUGUCAGAAUUGUAAGCACGGUGGUCACACUCAGCAUAUUUUGGAAUGGUUCAAGAAUUAGCCAGAGUGCUCUGUAAGUGGUUGUGACUGUAGGUGUAAUCUCAUCCAAACUGAAUGA